AUGGCUGAAGCAGGACCAUCUUCAGCAGCGAUGGCCAGUGCGCCGUUGCAUCACGUCGCGGCUGCCCAUCAGUCGGAGUUGUACGCCUUUCUCUCGGCGAACUCGGUGCAACUCGUCGACAUCACCUCCGAGGCCAAGCCGACGACGCUGGCCAUUCCGACCACCGUCUUCGUGCCGCAGCCGACGCUUCCAGACCAGUCGGAUGCCGAGCGAUAUGCCGACCAGCCUCAUAUUAGCUUCGCCCGUCUCGCCAGCUUCUCGCACUCGGACCGCUUCCUCGCGCUAACCGGAGACGACAAGGUGUUGCGCGUCUGGAAGCUUCAACGAGACGCCGACAACCGCAUCACCGGUUUCGAAUUCGGCAAAGAGAUCGUGAUCAAGCUUCUUCCUAAGCGCGCCGCCGUCCUACACUGGAUGCCACCCACCGACAACACUCCCGCCGGCUCCGAAGAGCUCAUCGUCAUCGACCGUUUCGGCGAUGUUCGCAGCAUCAUGGUCAACGAGAACGAUGUUCGAACGCUUCCUUCCACCUCUCCUGACGCCGAUGCGAAAGUUGACGCUUCGGCGGAUGAGCAGGACCAGAUGGAUUCGCCCACCGACGCGUCCAUGCAGAUCCUCCUCGGCCACGUCAGCAUGAUCACCAGCCUCGCCUUCAUUCCCGCCGCCAAGCAGGGUGCGCCGCCCGCGUACAUUAUCACGGGCGAUCGUGACGAGCACAUUCGCAUUUCCAGAUGGGGUUCGAAGCGCCUUGCCUAUGUCAUCGACAGAUUCCUGCAGGGGUCCCAAGCCUUUGUUGGCGCUCUUGCUGUUGUUGCCAACGCCGAGGGCACUCUGCGCCUCGUCAGCUCGGAAGGCGGCCAAUCGCUGCGUGUCUGGACGUUGCCGCAGCCCUCGGCACCAGCGACAGGCUCGGCGGCAGACACGAGCUCCGAACACGCCUGCCUCUCCAUCAACGACUUGGGCGCGGUUCUCGCGCCUUUCGUGCUCGCCCGCGACCGCGAGGAGCGCAAGAGGGAGUCCAAGGCUCUUCAGGCUUCGAGCAAGCGCAACAAGGCCGCCAAGCGCAAGCAGGACCAGCGUGGCACCGACGGCAGCGCGUCGGAAGCAGCGGAAGCAAAGCCGCUCGCUGCGCAGUACGCAAAGGACUCCAGGCCCACCGUCGUCAUCUCUGAUCUGCUUCCCUUCACCGACGCCGAGGGGACACAAUGGCUCCUAGUCGUGGUCGAGGGAGCGACUGCAUUCUUCCACAUCCCGGUCAGCGCAUUGCUAGAGCCCGACCCUUCGGAAGACAAGAAGAGAGACAUCUCGAGUCAGAUCCGCGUCACCCGGGCCGCCGCGCCGAUCUUGCACCUCGCUUUGGUCCAGCGCGCUGCGAGUGCCGGCGUAUCCGUCAUUGCCACCUUCGACACACGACCCGAGUUCCGCGGCGAAGCCGAGGCUGCGCAUGAUGCCAGUGCAGAAGCUGCAGUCUUCCGUCUGGAUGCCGCUGGCAACUUUGCACGCGAGUCGGAAUCGCCGCUGAUCCAAGCCCUGCUGCCUGCCACCGAGCCGAGUGCCGGUGCAUCCGACGAAGCGCCGAGAGCGCUGCUCGAUGCGUCGAUUGUCGAGCACCUCGGCUUGUACCCAGCGCUCACCACCUGGCCCAAGAUCGAGGUGCCUUCGUCGGCCGAGAUCAUCGCUACGCGCUCGUCUCGCAAGGGCAGGUUCAACCAUCCGCUCGACACCUCGCUCAUCGGAGUUGCCGAGGUCAACGAGACCAAGCCCUCGACUGCUUCGUCUGACCCUGCUGCCGACGACGCGCAACGUCGCAAGCUCGUCAAGACAAUGCAGGGUGGCAAGCGCGAACGCGGUCGCGAACGCAAUCGAGAGGCUAUCCGUCUGGCGCAGGAACAGGCGCAAGAGCAGGCCUCCCAGUAG